AUGGAGAAUGCCUUGUUUCUGUGGAUAGAGGACCAGCACCGGAAAGGUGUAGCAGUGGACUCUAUCCUUAUCCGGGAGAAAGCUAAGUCUCUACACACACGCUUCACGCCUGUAGCUGAGGAACCCUUACCCAGUACCAGUGCUGCUACCCCUACACCUGAGACACCUCCGACACCUUUCCAAGCCAGCAAGGGGUGGUUUGACAAUUUCAGGCGUCGAUUCGGCCUGAAGAAUGUGAAGAUGACUGGGGAGGGUGCAUCAGCAGACACCAUGGCCGCGAAAGCUUUCCCAGCAGAGUUGAAAGCAAUACUCGAGGAGCAGGAAUACGAGUCAGAACAAGUUUGGAAUAUGGAUGAAACAGUACAGGGUGUACUAUUUUCUUUUCCAACAUGUUUGUUCUGGAAAAAGAUGCCACAGCGCACUUUCAUUACCCAAGAAGAACGCCGUGCACCAGGAUUCAAGGCAGCCAAGGACAGGUGCACCGUGUUAUUUUGUGGCAAUGCUGCAGGUCACCUCAUUCGCCCAGGCUUCAUUACAAGUCUAAGAAACCGUGUGCAUUCCAACGCCGCGACUUGA